AUGCGCUACGAGUACUCCCGCCUCACCUCGAACCCCGACUCCCUCUCCGGCCCGAUGCUCGCGCGCGCGCUCACCGUCGACGAUCCGGGGGUGCAGAGGCUGGCGGGCGAGGCCUGCGUCGAGCUCGCGUCCUACCAGGACAGCGCGGGCGUUCUCUCGAGGCCAUUCGUGAAGGACCAGGCCAAGACGCUCCCGCCGGCGCAGUGGUGGAGCAUAUCGGAGCGCAACUGGUCGAUCUACGGCUCCAUUAAGACCGACCGCCGCAAUCGCAUGCGCCACUCCGUCUCCGACCGCCUCGUCUAUUGCCACGAGGCGCUCCAGCUCCGCAUCAAGCGCACCAAGGCGGGCUACAAGGAGCCGGCGGUCAAGGUGGUGGGGUGGUUUGACUUUGCCGCAGAAAAAGCAAGACGGGACCGUAUAAAAGAAUUUUAG